AUGGCGCUUUACGGGAGUGCCUCCAACAUAAAAACCUGGGGACCUAAAGGUCCAGUGUGCUUUGAAGAGGUAGCUUUGCAUUUCACUGAUGAGGAGUGGGCAUUGCUGGAUCCUGACCAGAGGGCUCUGCAUCAGGAGGUCAUGGAGGAGAAUCGUGGGAUGUUGGACUCACUCGGUGGUGAUGAAUUGGAAAUGAAGAAGGGAGACCACAAUGAAAUCCACACGGUGGAAGAGCCAUAUCAGGAUUUAGACUGUGGAGAGAACUUCAGUCACAGCUCCCUUUCCUCUUCCCAUCAAAGAAAUUGCCUUGCGACUAAAUCUUAUCAGUGCUUGGAGUGUGGAAAGAGCUUCACCUGGAAAGAAAGUCUCUCUGCCCAUCAAAAAAUUCAUACCGGGGAGAAACCCUAUCAAUGCUUGGAAUGUGGAAAGAGCUUCACCUGGAAACAGAGAUUCACUUCCCAUCAAAGAAUUCAUACAGGAGAGAAACCCUAUAAGUGCCUGGAAUGUGGAAAGAGCUUCACCUGGAAAAUAAGUCUCACUUCCCAUCAAAUAGUUCAUACAGGGGAGAAGCCAUAUCAGUGCUUGGAAUGUGGAAAGAGCUUCAGUCAAAAGUACAGUUUCACUUCCCAUCAAAGAAUUCAUACAGGGGAGAAGCCAUAUCAGUGCUUGGAAUGUGGAAAGAGCUUCAGUCAGGGCUCCCAUCUCACUUUACAUCGUAGAAUUCAUACAGGGGAGAAACCUUAUCAGUGUGUGGAUUGUGGAAAGAGCUUCAGUCGAAAAGAGAGUUUCACUUCCCAUCGAAGAAUUCAUACAGGGGAGAAACCCUAUCAGUGCUUAGAGUGUGGAAAGAGCUUCAGUCGAAAAGAGAGUUUCACUUCCCAUCGAAUAAUUCAUACAGGGGAGAAACCCUAUCAGUGUGCAGAAUGUGGAAAGAGCUUCACCAGGAAAGAAAGUUUCACUUCCCAUCAAAGAAUUCAUACAGGGGAGAAACCUUAUCAGUGCUUGGAAUGUGGAAAGAGCUUCAGUCACAACCGCAGUUUCACUUCCCAUCAAAGAAUUCAUACAGGGGAGAAACCAUAUCAGUGCUUGGAGUGUGGAAAGAGCUUCAGUCACAGCUACCAUCUCACUUCUCAUCGUAGAAUUCAUACAGGGGAGAAACCAUAUCAAUGUGCAGAGUGUGGAAAGAGCUUCAGUCGAAAGGACAGUUUCGCUUCCCAUCAAAGAAUUCAUUCAGGAGAGAAACCCUAUCAGUGCUUGGAAUGUGGAAAGAUAUUCAUUAACAGCGCCAAUCUCGCUUCCCAUCAAAGAAUUCAUACAGGGGAGAAACCCUAUCAGUGUGUGGAAUGUGGAAAGAGCUUCAGCUGGAAACAGAGUUUUGCUUCCCAUCAAAGAAUUCAUAUAGGGGGGAAACCAUAUCGGUGCCUGGAAUGUGGAAAGAGCUUCAGAAGCAGCUCCCAUCUCACUUCCCAUCGAAGAAUUCAUACAGGGGAGAAACCCUAUCAGUGCUUGGAAUGUGGAAAGAGCUUCACCUGGAAAAUAAGUUUCACUUCCCAUGAAAGAAUUCAUACAGGGGAGAAACCCUAUCAGUGCUUGGAAUGUGGAAAGAGCUUCACCAGGAAAGAAAAUCUCAUUACCCAUCAAAAAAUACACACAGUGGAGUAAUCAUUUCAAUGCUAGGAAUGUGGAAAGAGUGUCGGUCAAAAAGGCAUGAGUAGAAAAUCUUCGGAGCAAGACCCAGGGGACAGGUCCCCAUCUGAAUUGGAACUUUUUGCUGACUUAAAAAUUCAUGGAGGAGGCACCACCCUUCUCACAGCCGGGGGUGGUGGUUUUUUGGGUAGAAAAACAAUGUGAAUAAAUCCCCCCAGUGCCACCCCCCGACUGGACUUCCUGUCUUCAGAGGCUUCUCUCCCUCUGCCUCACCCCACCCAUGAGAAUCUAAUGCAUCUUCGAUUGGGAAUGUCCAGCAAGGAGAUUGGAGAUGGUUGCCAGUUAAGACACAGGAAAGAACUCCUUGUGAAAGGGGGGCAGCUUCAGGGGACAUUUGCAGCCCUGGCAUUGGCAGCCAGAAGAGGAAUCCUGGAAGAGGACACUCCAGACUCAUCUAGUCCAACCCCUGCAAUUCAGGAACCCCGGCUCUUAGUCCCACCAGCUACCUUGAACUGAGCAACUCAGAUGCCUGAAGCUGGAGCUUUUGGACGGCUGUUUCCAUCCCCCCUGCCUUCUGCUAGCAGGCCCGGUUGGGAGUUGUAGUCCAAAGCAGAUUGAGGGGAGCUGGUCCUGGAGGGCCAGCUGAAGCCGCUGUGCUGU